AUGGCCCGUCGUCCCGCGAGAUGCUACCGCUACUGCAAGAACAAGCCCUACCCUAAGUCCCGGUUCAACCGUGGUGUUCCCGAUCCCAAGAUCCGUAUCUUCGAUCUCGGUCGUAAGAAAGCCAACGUGGACGACUUCCCCACCUGCGUCCACCUGGUCUCCAACGAGUACGAGCAGCUGUCCUCGGAGGCUCUCGAAGCCGCCCGCAUUUGCGCCAACAAGUACCUCGUCAAGAUCACCGGUAAGGAAGGAUUCCACCUCCGUGUCCGUGUGCACCCCUUCCACGUCGUCCGUAUCAACAAGAUGUUGUCGUGCGCCGGAGCCGAUCGUCUGCAGACCGGUAUGCGUGGUGCCUUCGGUAAGCCCAACGGCAGCGUUGCCCGUGUGAACAUCGGCCAGAUCAUCCUGUCGGUCCGCACCCGUGACUCCAACCGUGCCGCCGCCAUCGAGGCUCUCCGCCGCUCCAUGUACAAGUUCCCCGGCCGCCAAAAGAUCAUUGUCUCCAAGAACUGGGGCUUCACCCCCGUCCGUCGCGAGGAGUACGUCCAGCUGCGCCAGGAGGGCAAGCUCCGCCAGGACGGUGCCUACGUUCAGUUCCUGCGUGGCCACGGUCUGGUUGAGGAGAACAUGAAGCGCUUCCCCGACGCCUACGAGAACGUUUCUCAGGCUUAG